AUGUCUUCUUCGUCCAAUCAUCAUUUGCAAGAACAAGCGAGAAAAUCAAAAAAGCUUCCGUUAAAUCAAGUAACUACCGAUGUUGAAGUUUCUCAAUCCCUCUAUGAUGAAGUGUUAGAUGGUGUUGUGAGGAAUGUCAAGAUGGGUCCUUUUAAAGCUACGAGUGGAAUUGAUCUACCUUACUAUUUAAAUGCAAGUACAAAUUUCAUGGAUAAGAAAGUGGCUCCAAAGAUUAUGGAAAUUCUGGGUCAUUAUCUCAUUCAUCUUCAACAAACCUUGCCAUGCUUUAAGCCUGAAAACUUACCAGAAGCUCAAAAAGACCCUUCCAAACAACCACUGGUUUUGGUUGGAAUGGAACUUGCUGGUGGCAUGUUAGUGAGCCAAUUUGCUGCCUUUGCAUCCACGUUACAUGAGAAGCAAGGAUCAAAAACAGUUUAUGAAGCCUUUGACUUUUUAUAUGUUAGAAAAAGUAGAAAAUCUACUGGAACUUGUCAACAAUUGGAAGGAGAGCAAAAAUUCACAUCAAGAACUUCUGACUCACCUGUAAUUUAUGGAAUUUGGAUUGAUGAUGCUCUCUCCACUGGAACAUCACUUUUGGAUGGUAUUAAAAUGUUGAAGAAUGAUUAUAAUAUCGAAAUUAAGGCAGCUCUCUAUUUGGUAGAUAGAAGUAAGGAUCGAAAAGAUUUACCACCUGAAAAACAAAAGCUUGCAGAUCCAAUAUUUUCUCAAGUUGAAAUAUUCUCAGUCUUUGAUUUGGAAGAUGUGGACCAACGCAUUGAACAGCAAAAGAACAAGAAGAAUGAGCAAUAA